AUGCAGCCCCAGCGAUGCCUGCGUGAGUCCCUCACGCCCCAGCAGCUGCGUGAGUGGUACGCUGGUUGGGGCUGUAGGGGUGGCGACGCUACUCCUACUUCCACUCCUGCUGCUUCUACUCGUGGUGGCGGCCAGAUGCAGCUCCCGCGACCCUCUCGCGUGUCUCUCACGCCUCGCCAGCUUCGUGAGUGGUACGCUCAGAGUGGAGGGUCUCUCAGUGCUGUUCGCUGCUCUUACGUGAUUUGCACUGGUACUCGGACUGGUAUAGGACCUGCUGCUCUAGCUACUGGUGAGGCUGCUGCUCUGGGUGCUAGUGAGUCUCCUGCUCCAGGUACAGGUGCGGCUGCUGCUCUAGGUGCUAGUGAGUCUGCUUCCUCAGGUGCGGGUGAGGCUGCGCUCUCAGGUACCGCGUUGGCUUCGGCCUCCCUCACCUUUACACUUGACUCUGGGGCUUCUCGCUCCUUCUUUCGAGACCGCACCACACUCACGCCGCUUGGUCGGCCGGUUGCUGUCUCCCUGGCUGACCCCUCUGGGGGUCCUGUCCUCGCCCACUUCUCCACUGUCCUCCCGUGUCCGGCUGCCCCCUCGGGCACCCUGUCUGGCCUGUACCUCCCCUCGUUCUCGACGAACUUGGUGAGUGGUGCAGACCUGCAGGAUGCGGGGGUUCACCAGUUCACUCCUGCGAGUCAGCGGGUGACCCACUGCACGGACGCACGCACAGGCCGGCACCUGGCCACGUUCUCGCGUCGGCCGGGGUCGAGCCUCUACACCCUGACCACUGAGUCUCCUCCUGUCCACGCGUCCGGUCAGGUAGCAGCGUCGGGUCAGGUGUUUGCUGCUGCGUCCAGGUCUGGUCCUGAGUCUGCCCCCUGUUCGUGUCGCCUCCUGUCUCACGAGACUCUUCCGUGGCACCACCGUCUAGGCCACCCCUCCUUGCCCCGUCUUCGGGGCAUGGCUUCCCGUGUCCUUGUCUCUGGUCUUCCCCAGUCUCUCCCUCCCCUUCCUUCGGGACCAGGACCUUCCUGUGUCCCCUGUAUCGAGGGGCGCCUCAGGGCUGCUCCUCACUCCUCCCAGUUUCCCCCGACAGAGGCUCCUCUGCAGACGCUUCACAUGGACGUGUGGGGCCCGGCCCCCGUCCGUGGGCAGGGUCACGAGCGCUACUUCCUGUUGGUGGUUGACGACUACUCGCGUUACACCUCAGUCUUCCCCUUGCGCAGCAAGGGUGCUGUCACUGAGGUGCUGAUCGACUGGAUCCGCGAGGCUCGUCUCCAGCUCAGGAGGAGCUUCGGCUGGGACUUUCCUGUUCUGCGUCUGCACUCUGACCGAGGUGGGGAGUUCUCCUCUCGCAUUCUGCGAGACUACUGUCGUGCACAGGGGAUCCGCCAGACCUUUACGCUUCCGGACUCUCCACAGCAAAAUGGGAUUGCUGAGCGCCGCAUUGGCAUGGUCAUGGAUGUCGCUCGUACGUCCAUGAUGCAUGCGGCUGCCCCCCAUUUUCUGUGGCCGUUUGCGGUUCGGUACGCGGCGCAUCAGCUCAACCUUCACCCCAGGGUCUCUCGGCCCGCGAUGUCCCCAGUGUUACUGUGGACGGGGAAGGUCGGCGAUGCGUCUGCGUUCCGUGUCUGGGGAUCUCGGGCGUUUGUCCGCGACUUGUCUGCGGACAAGCUGUCCCCCCGUGCUGCUCCCUGUGUCUUCCUUGGCUUCCCCCCUGACGCUCCAGGGUGGCAGUUCUACCACCCCUCCUCUCGUCGUGUUCUGUCCUCCCAGGACGUCACGUUCGACGAGUCAGUCCCCUUCUACCGCCUCUUCCCCUACCGUACUCCUUCCCUCCCCCCCCCACCGGACUUCCUGGUGCCAGUUCCCCCCCCGGUAGACCCCCUCCCCCCUCAGGUUCCUGCCCCUUCAGGUGUGUCCCAGGUAGACACAGUCGAGCCAGUCGAGGUUGCUGCUGAGUCUGGUCCUGCUGCGGGUGCAGAGCCUGGGGGUGCUACGCCUGCGGGUGCUGAGCUUGGGGGUGCUGCUGCUGGGGGUGCUGAGCCUGGGGGUGCGAGGCCGGGGGGUGCUGAGCUUGGGGGUGCUGCUGCUGGGGGUGCUGAGCCGGGGGGUGCUACGUCAGGAGCUGCUGAGCCUUGGGGUGCUGAGCCUGGAGGUGCGGAGCCUGCGACUGCUGGGCGGGAGCCGCUCUCUCCACAGGAGCUGCGCGAGUGGUUUGCUCGCCGCUGGAGGCGUGCUGCUGGAGCUGGAGCUUCUUCGCCUGCUGAGGGUGCUGAGUCUGGAGCUGCUGAGCCUGGAGGUGCUGAGUCUGGAGCUGCUGAGCCUGGGGGUGCUACGUCUGGAGCUGCUGUGCCUGGGGGUGCUGAGUCUGGAGCUGCUGAGCCUGGGGUUUCUCCUGCUGCUGCGUCUCGCCGGGAGCCCCUCUCUCCACAGGAGCUGCGCGAGUGGUUUGCUCGCCGCUGGAGGAGUGCUGCUGGAGCUGGAGCUUCGUCGACCGUCGAGGGUGCUGGUGCUGCCGGUCCCGGAGCUGCUGGGCCUGCGGGUCCUACUGGAGCUGGAGCUGCUGAGGGUGUUGGUGCUGAGACUACUGCUGUCUGUCCUGGCGGUGGUUCUGCUGCUGGUGCUGCUGGAGGUCCUGCCGCUGGAGGUGUUGGUGGCGCUGGUGCUGUCGCUGAGGGUGCUGGUGCUGUCCCUGCUGAGUCUGGAGCUGCCGCGCGGCCUCGGCCGUACUUCGUUCCGCUCCUACAGCAGGUUCUUGGUCUUUCUCCUUCGGUAGAGUGUCCACAGCCUGUCCAGUCGCAGUCACUGUUGGAGCCUUCCUCUCCUCUGCCUGCUCCCUCUCCUUACACUGGUCCUACUGGAGGUCUUGCUGAGCGUCGUGAGCCUGCGUCUCGUCCCGCGUCGCCUGUUCGUGCUGCUCGCGCUAGUGGUCGCGGUUCGCGUCAGCGUCCUCCUCCUGUCCCUGGCACGCACCGGAUGUCUCUGCGUCCGUCCACUGCUCCUCUGCGUGCCCCUUUGCCUUCUCCUCCUGAGUCCUCUCUUCCUGCGCUUGCCGACCCUGAGUCGGACUCUCUUCGCGCUGCCAGUCCUACUGUCACGCGUCUGCUUGCUACUGUCGUCACUGACCCCUCUUUUGAGUCCACUGCUGCGUCUGCUCUAGUCGCUGAGCUCGUUGACUUUGCUGUUCGCUGUCGUCUCGACUACGCUGCUAGUCUUGUUGCUGAGUCUGCGUCUGUCUGUCCUCUGUCCGUCGGGGGUGAGUGUGCUCUUGGCACGGACGUCCUAGAGGACAGGCAGGAGGAGUUACAGUGUCUAGCGGCUGCUUCACCUCAUCUCGCGUCUGUACUGCUUGCCCCUGAGGGAGACCCGGAUGCACUAGACAUCCCGACUCCGCGUUCUUACGCGGAAGCCGUAGAGGGUCCCUACUCCUCUCAGUGGCAGGCAGCUAUGGAUGCAGAGAUGGCUUCCUGGAAGUCCAUAGGCACCUACGUUGACGCGGUUCCCCCUCCUGGGGCGAACAUCGUCAGUGGCAUGUGGAUCUUCAGGGUGAAGCGGCCGCCGGGCUCUCCACCUGUCUUCAAGGCACGGUACGUUGCUCGUGGCUUCAGUCAGCGGCAGGGAGUUGACUACUUUCAGACCUUCUCUCCCACCCCGAAGAUGACCACUCUUCGGGUGCUGCUGCACAUAGCCGCUCAGCGCGACUACGAGCUUCACUCUCUCGACUUCAGCACUGCGUUCCUGCAGGGUAGCCUGCACGAGGAGAUCUGGCUGCGCCGUCCACCUGGCUUCACUGGGACUUUCCCUCCUGGCACCCAGUGGAGCCUCCGACGGCCAGUCUACGGUCUCCGCCAGGCACCGCGUGAGUGGCACGACACACUGAGGACUACGCUUGCGGCUCUUGGGUUUGCUCCUUCUACUGCUGACCCGUCGCUGUUUCUGCGCACCGACACUUCACUGCCGCCGUUCUACAUCCUCGUGUACGUCGACGACUUGGUCUUUGCCACAGCGGACACUGCUGGACUCGCCUACGUGAAGUCCGAACUGCUGAAGAGACACACGUGCACAGACCUGGGUGAACUGCGCAGCUACCUUGGCUUGCAGAUCACUCGGGACAGAGCACGCCGCACCAUUACCUUGACUCAGUCACACAUGGUGCAGCAGGUCCUUCAGCGCUUUGGCUUCACGUACUCCUCGCCUCAGGCCACUCCUCUGCCUACUCGCCACUCACUCUCAGCUCUGCCUUCGGAUGAGUCCGUAGAGUCGAGUGGUCCGUAUGCAGAGCUUGUUGGCUGCCUCAUGUACCUGAUGACCUGCACACGACCUGACCUUGCAUACCCUCUGAGCAUUCUUGCACGCUAUGUUGCUCCUGGGAGACACAGACCAGAGCACAUGGCUGCAGCGAAGAGGGUAUUGCGCUACCUGUGCAGUACGUCGGGCAUGGGGCUAGUGCUUGGAGGGCGGAGUCCAGUGGUCCUUACCGGCCACGCGGACGCUUCUUGGGCUGACGACCAGGCUAUGCAGCGGUCGUCACAGGGUUACACCUUCAGCCUUGGUUCCGGCUCUGUCUCGUGGCGGUCUACUCGCUCGUCUUCGGUUCUCGGCUCCAGUUGUGAGGCUGAGAUCUACGCCGGGGCCAUGGCUGCACAGGAGCUUCGCUGGCUCACCUACCUGCUGACUGACCUUGGAGAGCCACCUCGUUCUCCUCCAGUGCUGUACGUAGACAACAAGGCCAUGCUGGCCUUGUGUCGAGAGCAGCGCUUGGAGCACAGAACGAAGCACAUUGCUCUCCGCUACUUCCUUGCUCGUGAGCUGCAGCAGCGUGGUCAGUUGCGACUUGCGUACGUGGCCUCUGAGGCCAACACUGCUGAUGUGUUCACCAAGGCACUCGCGCCUUGUGACCAUCAGCGCUUUUGCACCCAGCUGGGUCUUGUGCCUGUCUUGCCUCACUUGCUCUCCUCUUGA